AUGACCAUAUGCAACAGGAAGUACAAAAACACAGGGUCGGAAGAGGAUAAAUUGUUAUUCAAAACGUGUACAGAGUCUAUUGAAUAUCUUCAUCUAUAUUUUAAAGAGUUGAAGGAACAUCUGUUUAGGAAUAGAAAGUAUGAGGAGCUGUUUAACUUUUGCUACUGCACACUGAGGAAUAUAAAGAACCCCGCCAUUUCGAGGACCACUGCCCUGAAGGUAAUCGGAAUAGCAUUCACGCUGAACCCCAAGUCUGCAGACCUACCAGUGAGUAAAGAAAUCAUCACGUACGCAUACAAACUGCUUAAGCGAAAUGAAGAAGGAACUAACAAAAAAUACUUUACCUACUUUGGUCAUAGCACAAAUAAAGAAAAAGACAGUCUCAUUAGUGAGUCCUUAAAUCUGUUCAAAACGACGGAAGCGAUUAAAUCGAGGCAACACUUGAAAGAUAAUAAUUUUAUUAAUAGCAUAUUUAGCAAGAUACAGAAGAAACAGAUUUUUAUUUCGAAGGGAUGCUCCGUGUCGUAUUCCCCGCUGCUUAGUGACUUCACGAAUGCAAAGAGGGAGCUACUCGAGCUGCUCGAAACGGAGUUUGUAAGCCAUGGCAAGGUUGACCGGGUCUACUCUGACUACGUCAGGUGCCUCAAUGAGGUGAAGGAGAGGACCAUCGAAUUUUUGGAAAAUGGAGAAUAUGAGCUUUACUGCAGAUUUAUUGAUGAAAUGCAAGAGGAAGACGAAAUAAACAUUCGAUACGAAUCCUACCUACUCAGCUGCCCAGAGUUCUUAAAGGAGAAGGAGCAUAAGGAUUUCAACAGAGAGACCUCCCCAUCGCAGAGGGAUGAGUUAAAACCUAAAUCUAGUGGUACAUUUUUAAACAACCAAGUGAGUUGCGAGGAGGGAAACAAAAGGACAGGUAGCAUGAGUAGGGGGGUAGAUAACCAUUCAGAGGCCAGUAACGAAAGAAGUGUUACCUCCCCGGUAGGAUCAAAUAAUAGAAAAAAAAUUCAUGAGAAAAGUGAAUUUAAAUCAUUAUCCAAAAAUAUUACAAGUAGUAUCACAAAAUUUGCUUCAUCCUUUGUGAGAAAUGCUUCUUCGGGGGAUGCAUUCAGUGGAGGAGGAGUGGAUGCAAAUAUGAAAGAUGAAGGAGUGACAAUUGCAGAGGGGGAAAUGCUGAAUCAGAAGAAAUCUCCUUGUGAUGAUGGAAGUAGAGAGGGAGUGACGGGGGGGAAAUCAGUCGUGUUUUCGCCGAGCAGCAAUACGGCGAAGGGUGCUUCGGUGGACAGAGAUAAAGACAACGAUAAGGACAACGAAAAUGGGAAAAAGAAAAAAAUAAACACAAGUAAGAGGAAAAAAAAGGAGCAGAGUGAUCAGCAGAGUGAGCAGCAGAGUGAGCGGCAGAGUGAGCGGCAGAGUGAGCAGCAUAGUGAGCGGCAGGGUAAGGAGCCCACUUUAUUCCCCGAUGGAAGCGCCUUGCCGGGGGACGCACAGGUGGACACGAAGAAGAAGGCCUCCUUCAACAAGACGGUCGCGUUUGACCUUGUGGAGACUGAGAAGGCCGCCCAAGACGCCAAGUGCCCCGGAAAAAACCAAGUCGCAGCGCGCAACGAUCACUUUAACGAAAAGGAGAUCGAAAUAAUAAACGAGUUCAACGCAUACCUAAAUGAAGGAAUGAGUCAUCUGAGGAAGCAACAGAAGAGUGACUACCAAAAGGAGUGCAAAGAAUUUAACAACAAUGUGCAUGAUGGAAAUAAUGCUCUUUGGGAUAGCCUCAUAAAGAAAAGCAACUUUUACUCCAUUAAGGAAGACUUUUUAAAUUACAAUAAAUUUUUGAAAGCAAAGGAAAAGGAUGCCAAGGAGCAAACUCUGGGAGAUAUACUCGGCAUGAAUAAAUACCUUGACUUGAAGAAAAAAAAAAAUAAAAAUAAAAGUAAAAGUAAAAACAGAAAAAUGAAUCCAGACGAGCUAAACUAUAUUAUCAAUAAGUUCACAAAUAGUUUAUCUCAAAGUAGACACUUCAAAAGUGAGUCUGAGCAGAAAAUUCCAUCACAAGAACACGGGGGAAGAGCAAUGUCUUUUACCCCUAUUGAAACUCCUCUAGGAAUUGCUCAAAACAACAGUGAUAAGAAAAACUCUAUCACUUCAUCACAAAGGAAUGACACAACACGCAUCUCCUCCUGCAAUAAAUACUUUACGAAAAAUGACAACAUAUCUUACGUACAGGACGCAGUAUUAAAAAAUGGGUCCCUCUUGUUAAGGGACGACAACCUCGAGAUAUCCCUCAGUCAGCACUACUACGGCAACAACGGGUUGAUAAAAAUUUAUGUCAAGAAUAAGAAGCUGGUGAACUACUACGACGUGGAUAUUCAGAUAUCGAACAAAAUUUUGUUCCCCUUGAAAUUCAAGUUUCUCAAUUACGAGAGGAUGCUCUGUGCGAAUGGGACCAACUGCUACGAAAUGGCCGUGAAGUGCGUACACAUGUAUAAGGGCUUUCCCCUAAUUAAGAUUUCCUACCGCAUGCAAGACAUGUUCAGAAAAAGCAUCGAGUUGAGGCUGCCCAUCCCGAUAAACAAAUUUAUGAAGAACAUUAAAAUCACCAAAGACGUUUUUGUGAAAUUCUGGAACAACGAAAAUUUUAAUAUAUAUAAGAAGGAGAAGGUGAUUCACAAGGCCGACUCGGUGGACACAGAUAAUAUCGUCGCCAUCUCCUGUUUGGGAAACGCUCUAAGUGUGUGCUACAUAGAAGAUGCAAUUUAUUUGAGCGGGUGCUAUGCGGACAGUUCAAGCGCACUGGAUAAUUAUUUCGUUCUCGUGGGAAUUGAGGUCCUGAAUAACAAACUGAAGAUCAUAUGUAAGUCGAAUAACCCCACGCUAUCAUCGGCCAUCCUUUUUUUAAUCAUACUCAUUCUUAAGAAGCACGACCGGGUGUAG